ACCGCAGCACCGCCCCUCCGCGGCGCCGGGCACGGCACGGGCCGAGACUUGAGGAUCAACUUAGGUAAGUAAAUCUGGAUCAGCUGCACACCAAGAUUUAAGCACCUUGUUGCUACAGAUCUUGUCUCAAAUCCUUCCUUAAACUCAGCUCUGACUUGAUAUCCACUGGCUUCGGCUUCUCUGGCUUCGGCUAGAAUUAGUCCCAGCAUCGUGACUUUUCCAUCAUGUCAGAGCCUAUCACGCUCAAUGUUGGAGGAAAACUCUAUACCACCUCUCUGUCCACCCUGACCAGCUUUCCAGACUCCAUGUUGGGGGCCAUGUUUAGUGGGAAGAUGCCAACCAAGAAGGACAGCCAAGGCAACUGCUUUAUUGACAGAGAUGGCAAAAUCUUCCGCUAUAUCCUGAACUUCUUAAGAACUUCCCACUUGGACCUCCCUGAAGACUUUCAGGAAAUGGGCUUACUUCGACGAGAGGUAGAUUUUUAUCAAAUUCAACCACUGAUUGAGGCCUUACAGGAGAAGGAGGUGGAGCUUUCUAAAGCUGAGAAAAAUGCCAUGCUUAACAUCACCCUUGAUCAGAAGACACAGACUGUGCACUUCACCGUUCGAGAAGCACCCCAGAUCUACAGUCUGUCUUCCUCCAAUAUGGAAGUGUUCAGUGCUCAUAUCUUUUCCACAUCAUGUCUGUUCCUGAAGCUUCUAGGUUCCAAACUUUACUAUUGUUUCAAUGGAAAUCUCUCUUCAAUAUCCAGCUAUCUACAAGAUCCCAACCAUUUGACCUUAGAUUGGGUUGCAAGUGUGGAAGGUCUACCAGAGGAGGAGUACACUAGGCAGAACUUAAAGAGACUCUGGGUGGUGCCUGAUAAUAAGCAAAUCAAUAGUUUCCAGGUGUUUGUGGAAGAAGUGCUAAAAAUAGCCAUGGGUGAUGGUUUCUGCAUAGAUUCUUCUCACCCACAUACAUCAGAUUUCAUGAAAAAUAAGAUUAUUCGCCUAAUUCGGUACAAGUAAGAAUGUCUGUUUAUUAUGUUAACAGCAUGGAGAUAACUUAGGUUAAGUGUUUCCCUUUAAAACACAAUUACAGCCUAAUUCAGAAUCAUGCUAAUCUGGAGUAAGAGUCACUAACAAGGGGAUGAUUUUCCUUUAAUAUAUUUACCAAUAUGAUCUUUCAGAAUAUGUCUAUAUUCUAAUCAGAAGGAAUAUUGUCCAUCUCCUGGAUUAAGGAUUGAUUCUGUUUCUGCCUCCACCUCUGACCUGCUGUGCAAUUGUGGGGAAAGUCACUUAACUUCCACCCUUCUUUUAUUGUCCAACUGGAAAAUGGGAAUGAUCCUUAACCUAUACUGCAAGGGUGAUGUGAUGGUUCAGUAAUCAAGUAUCUGGAGAUCAGAUGCAGAGAAAGAUGCCAUGGAGCUGCAACAGUGGACAAUCCAGGGAGCAGAUUUCCACUUCUUGCUUUGUCAUCUGCCCCUGUAUAGAGCGCCCAUGAAGUAUUCAUGGAUUGGCAGAGAAGUUUCCCCACAUGCACACUUACUAUGGCUGUAAAGGAAAAUGCAAACUGCAAAUGAAUAGGGGAUUAUGUCUGAAUGGUUUAAACAAAGAUUUCUGUUGCCACUUGAA